UUGAGGUGAUGAUAUACUAAGAUAUUGGCGAUAGGUUUGUAAACAUGUCUGUUAAACAUCGUGAGAGACUUGAGAAACUAAAGCAAAAUUCAUUGAAUGAUUCCAAGAGCAAGGCUAUAUCACCAGUCAAGCAUUUUUCCAGGGAUCAAUCAUUUUUGCUCGGGAGAGGUUCUGGGGGCACGUUUGUUUAUCUUGGUCUUAUGGAAGAUGGGAGUGAAGUGGCUAUUAAAACAAUGUUACUACAACCACCCCCAGAAACAGCAGAGAAUGAGAAAAACAUUCUAUCUUUAAUUCAGACAAAGAAUUCCCGAUUUGUUGUAAACUACCGACACUAUUUUCGAGACGAGACUUUCGUAUAUCUGGUUACUGAUCUUUGCGAGGAAACGCUGAAAGACCAUGUUCUUUCCCGAAGUAUAGACGACCUUAAAAAAAAAGGUCGACGUAUGAUUAAGGAGAUCUUAACUGGUCUGCAAUUUCUUCACGAUCAAGGAAUUUUGCACAGAGACCUCAAACCAUCAAACGUCUUGGUCGACAUUGGGGGUCAUAUGAGAUUGGCAGACUUUGGAAUAAGUCGUGUUUUGAAGGCAGACGAAACUACAGUUUAUACUAAUGCAAAAGGAACUCCAGGAUGGAUGCCUGCGGAAAUAAUUGAAGCAAUAGGUCAAAAAGUAGAAUCUCGUUAUAAGAAAAAGUCUGAUAUUCAAGUUACUGGAAUGAUUGCAUUUUUCAUUCUUACAAAAGGUGAUCAUCCAUUUGGUCCCACUCAUGAUCGCAUGGGAAACAUUGUGAAAGGAAAACCUGUAAAUUUAAAAGUUCUUAAUGAUAAAAGUGCUCGAAAGUUUGUUAAGAAGUUAAUCUGCCAUAAAAUUAAAAAAAGACCGUAUGCCUGUGAAGCAUUACAGUAUUCUUAUCUUAACGAAGCAAAAGAUGAUGACGAUGAUGAAGAUGAUGAUGACGAUGAUGAUAAUGAUGAUGUUUUUCAUUUUCGAAAUAUAAACAUGCGUAACUUAUCUAUUGAAGAUUAUUUCUUAAAUCUUCUGGUGGAAGAACAUAAUUAGAGCAAGAAUAUUGACAAGAUUAUUGACAAGAAAGAGGAAGAGAUCUUGAUUAGGGAGCUGGCAACUGUGCUUUUCACCAGUUAGUGACAACUGUGCUUAUCACAGGAAAUUUAUAUUUAUCCUAUUAAAAUAUUGUAGCCAGAAUUCAAUUAGUUGCACAAGUGCAUGGGUAGGUAAUGAAUGCUCCAGACCAGAUUUGAUCAGUAUAGGUGCGGCAUCCGACUAAGAGCGAUCACCAAAGAAAGAAGAUAGUGGCUGUGACAGCGUUGCUUAGAAGUACAUACAUACAUAAUAAUAUACCGAGUACAGCAAUGUAAUGUCAAUGGGGAGCUAUCUAAUUAUAAAA